UUGGGUCAAAAAAAUGAAAAACCUUAGAAGUAAAACCCAAAUAAUUAGCCGAAGCACGCAACAAAACAAAAUACUCCAACUCCACCUCUCUCUCUCUACCUCCUAUUGUUUUGUGUUUUCUUACAUGAAAAUCAAUAAACACCAACAGACAUCAAGAUCAAGCACUCUUGUCUUUCUCUCUCUUCUUACACAGAGAAAGAAGACAAACCUUCUCCUUUGAUUUCCUCAUCAGAUCCCCUCUUAGUUUUACAGCAACACAAUACCCACUAAUGCCCCUCUUUUAAAACACCCUCUUUUUUGCAAUUAUUCUCUUCUCUUUAUACAACAUUCAAAUUUCAAACUAUUUCAGUACAUAAUACCUUUUUUUCUAGUUUAUAUAUCUCUGCUCAUAAAUCACAAUACACAGACACAAUUCUUAAGAAAGAGGAGCAUAGGGGGGGUUGGUUGUUUUUGUUUUUGUCUUGUGACCAAUCUUUUAAAUGAGGUGUAAGAAACAUCUUGCCGACUUGAGUAGCGGCGUUGGCGUGUGUGCCACUUGUCUCCGGGAGCGUCUUCUGGAGCUCAUCGCCGCUCAGGCGCAGGCUCAGGCGCAAGCCCAACAGGCUCAAUUAGCGCGCUUUGCCAUCGAAGAUGGUCUGAAACAUGACCCUCCGCCGCUGAUUUUCCCUCGGUCUGUUUCUCCUUAUGUCAGUCGGCGGAAAUCUGAUGAUAAUAGUGCCACGUGGAUCCACCAUCAACGGUUCUACAGCACUCCUCAGGUGGGCCCAACUUACAGCACCACAUCCACCUCCUAUUUUGAAGCCACCAGAUCGUUCAAAAAGAAGAACAGGUUCUCGCUUUUUUCGAAUCUGUUCAGGUCGAGAUCCGAGAAGUUCGAUUCCGAUCCUAGGGUUCAUUUUCAUCGGGACUCGUGCGACGAGCCUUCCACAUCAUCGGCAUCCCCGUCAUGGUUCGCAGCAAUUUUUCCCGUUCGUCGGAAAAAGCAGAAAUCAUCGAAGACAUCUCGCGUGGAUCAAUUUGACCAAUUCGGUCCCGGCGAUCGGAGAUCAUGUAGAAUCAUAGAUCGGGGAAUGUCGCCAGCGAUUGAAGUGGAUUCAGGAGACGAGUGUGAUCAACCGCCAUCUGGAGCCUCGCCGGAGGCAUCGCCGCGAUGGAAAAUGACACCGACGGCAGCGAGGAGACCGAGGGGCGGGACGAGGAACAACAUUUCGGGAUUAGCGUUUUGCUUAAGCCCACUCAUGAGGCCGAGCCCGAACACGCACUGGAACCAGAAGGGCGGAUUGCCACCGGACAUGUCGUUCAGCGGAGAAGCUCGACCGUCGACGAAGAAGCCGCAUCUGGCGAGCGCCGCAGGAUUUCACGCGAAUCGGUCCAGGAAGCUUGCUGAUUUUGGCAGAGUCAAUCGUAACCGUUGAGUGCGUUAAAUCGUUGACAUUUGACCACAUCGAUUGUGAGUGAAAGAUAAUUCAAGUAAAUUGAUUUAAACUACGGUUUAGCCAUUGCUUAUCUGCUGUUUCUGUGAUUCGUAAAUGAUCAUUUUUCUUUUCCCAGUAAAAAUAUAUUUUUUACCGAAUACAAA